CGCGCUGCGCGCGUGUUCAGAGCAGUGCCCGCCGAGGGCAGCACAUCAUAACCCUUGCUAGGCCCGUGAGCUGAGCGCCUCGUGCGCCGUACCUGGAGGUGGCCCCUCGCACCCCGCGGGCGCCGAGCCUAUAGCCACAUGGGUGGGAGGGGCCCAGGCUCAGGGGCACAGGGGCAGGGCGGAAGAGGAAGGGGUGACCCCCCCCAGCUUGGGAGGGGCCCCCCAGUGGUUGUUGCUGAAGCCGUGGCUGAAGAGGAAGCGAGAGGAGGAGGUAGCCUGGAGCGGCAGGGGUCUGGGGUGCCAUGGCCCAGACCCUGGGGGAGGACCUGGUACAGCCUUUGGAGCUGCAGGAUGACUCCAGCUCUUUGGGCUCCGAUUCUGAGCUGAAUGGGCCUGGCCCUUAUCGCCAGGCAGAUCGCUAUGGCUUCAUUGGGGGCAGCUCUGCAGAGCCAGGGUUGGGUCACCCUCCUGCAGACCUCAUACGCCAGCGGGAGAUGAAGUGGGUGGAGAUGACUUCGCACUGGGAGAAAACCAUGUCUCGGCGGUACAAGAAGGUUAAGAUGCAGUGCCGGAAGGGCAUCCCCUCCGCCCUGCGGGCCCGGUGCUGGCCCCUGUUGUGUGGCGCCCACGUUUGUCGGGUGAAUAGCCCUGUAAGCUAUGAGACCCUGGCCGAGACCCCUGGAGACCCGCAGUGGAUGGAGACCAUCGGCAGGGACCUGCACCGCCAGUUCCCUUUGCAUGAGAUGUUUGUGUCGCCCCAGGGUCAUGGGCAGCAAGGGCUCCUGCAGGUACUGAAGGCCUACACGGUGUAUCGGCCUGAACAGGGCUACUGCCAGGCCCAGGGCCCUGUGGCGGCCGUGCUGCUCAUGCACCUGCUCCCAGAGGAGGCCUUUUGGUGCCUGGUACAGAUCUGCGAGGCCUACCUCCCUGGCUACUACGGGCCCCACAUGGAGGCCGUGCGGCUGGAUGCCGAGGUGUUCACGGCCCUGCUGCGGCGGCUGCUCCCUCGCGUGCACAAGCACCUGCAGCAGGUGGGCGUUGGGCCCCUGCUCUACCUGCCCGAGUGGUUCCUGUGCCUCUUCGCGCGCUCCCUGCCCUUCCCCACAGUGCUGCGCAUCUGGGACGCCUUCCUCAGUGAGGGUGUGAAGGUGCUGUUCCGUGUGGGGCUCACGCUAGUGCGUCUGGCACUGGGCACCUCAGAACAGCGCCUGGCCUGCCCCGGGCUCCUGGAGACGCUCGGGGCCCUUCGAACCAUCCCGCCUGCACAGCUGCAGGAGGAGGUCUUCAUGUCCCAGGUGCACAGCGUGGCCCUGUCCGAGCAGGACCUGCAGCGGGAGAUCAGGACCCAGCUGGCACAGCUUCCCGCAUCGGCGUCCGGGCCACCACCGCGGCCCCAGGCCCGCCUGCCCGGGGCACAGGCCAUCUUUGAGGCCCAGCAGCUGGCUGGGGUUCAGGGAAGCGCCAAACCUGAGACACCCCUCAUCGUGGUGCAGCCCCCUGAGGAGCCCAAGCGCAAGCCUCAGACCCGUGGCAAGACUUUCCAUGGGUUGCUGACUCGGGCCCGGGGUCCCCCGCUCCAGGGCCCCCCCAGGUCUCAUCGAGGCUCCACCUCCUUCCUGGACACCCGAUUCUGAGGACACUGCACUCAGUGCGCCCAGGUCUCAAUCGCCUGAACGAUGGACACGAGCCCUGAAAACGGAUGCCACGCUUGAAGGCCCCGAUCUGGGGGCUCAGCUUCCUUCCUGUGGACUGUGGCAUGAACAUUGUCGGGGGCCGGGGGCCCUGACCCACAUCAGCCCACAAAGCUGUCCUGGCACCUGGGCCCCUGCGAACAUCGCAGCUGGUGCUGAUAGCGUGUGGGGCUAAGGCCGCAGGCUGGACUUGGGGACCCCAAAGGGCUUCCUGGAAUAAAGUCUGACUGUGCAGAAGCCUGGAUGGAGUUGAAUUAAAUGCCCUAGACAGGAUGACCCUGGCCCUCACUCCGUUGCUGCCUCUCCCCAAGUCCUAGCUCCCGUAAUCUGCCUAGGGGCACGCCCGGCUGCCCGCUGGCUGCCAAGAAGGUGUUUACCAACAUCAGGAGCCCAUGUGAGCCCUGGCCCAGCCUCUUGGGAGCAGGUAGGCUCCCACAUCGGUGGGAGGAGGGCCCCCACAGGGAGGCUGGCCGAGGAG